AUGUCGCAAUCCAUUCCUGUCGCGACCGAUCCUUUCCAAAACCUCUUUCUGGGAAUGGACUUUGAACAAAUAACAAACUACAUUGCUGUAAAUAUCACAGCAACCGAUUCUAACUCUAACAGCAUCAUUGCCUCAUGUCCAACUGCUCUCAAUAACUACGAUAUUAUUGACUCGUCCUACUUCGAUGAUCCCAGUGAAACAUCGAUGUUAUCUGAGGCAAAUCACGAACCCAUAGACAACUUUUCCUUUGCAGUAGCUCCUGCGCUCCUAUCUCCGCCACUAGAAGCAACAAAAGCUACAGAAUAUCCUGAAAAUAAGACGCCGAAGAGACCUGGCCGUUACAAAAACGCAAGUCCGGCUGUCAAAAAGGUGAGUGCUCGAUUAUGGAAUGCAUAG